AUGGAGGCCGUGGUCAAGGUCUUUGCCGUGCACAGCGAGCCCAACUUCUCGCUUCCCUGGCAACGCAAGCGCCAAUUCUCCUCCUCCGGAUCGGGGUUUGUGGUGGCAGGGCGCCGCAUCCUGACCAAUGCCCACUGCGUGGACCACCACACCCAGGUCAAGGUCAAGCGGCGCGGGUCGGACGCCAAGUAUGUGGCCUCCGUGCUGGCGGUGGGCCAGGAGUGCGACAUCGCCAUGCUCACCGUGGCGGACGAGGACUUCUGGGCGGGGCUGGAGGCGGUGCGCUUCGGCGCACUGCCCCGCCUCCAGGACUCCAUCACCGUGAUCGGGUACCCCAUUGGCGGCGACACCAUGUCCGUCACCUCGGGUGUGGUCAGCAGGAUAGAGGUCACCUCCUACGUCCAUGGGGCGGCUGAGUUGCUGGGCGUGGAUGCGGCGAUCAACAGCGGGAACAGCGGUGGCCCCGCCUUCAGCGAUAGAGGGGAGUGCGUCGGCAUAGCCUUCCAGUCCCUCAAACAUGAGGACGCGGAGAACAUCUCGUACAUCAUCCCCACGCCGGUCAUCGAGCACUUCAUCAACGACUACGAGCGGAAUCAGGCCUACACAGGCUUCCCCUCCCUGGGGGUGGAGUGGCAGAAGAUGGAGAGCCCGGUGCUACGCAAGGCGCUCGGCAUGCAGCCCUCGCAACGCGGCGUCAUGGUGCGCCGGAUAGAGCCCACGUCCCCCGUCAGCAAGGUGGUUUGUCAGGGGGACGUCCUCCUGGCCUUUGACGGCAUCGAGAUCGGCACAGACGGCACGGUCCCCUUCCGCAGCGGCGAGCGCAUCGGCUUCAGCUACCUCAUCAGCCAAAAGUACACAGGCGAUAUGGCCACGCUGCGCGUGCUGCACGAGGGCGCCGCGCGCCAGGUCACCGUCCCCCUCACCACCCCCUUCAAGCUCAUCCCCGUGCACAUCCACAACCGCCCGCCCUCCUACUUCAUCCUGGGGGGCCUGGUGUUCACCCCCGUCACCGUGCCCCUGCUCCGCUCCGAGUACGGUAAGGAGUUUGACUACGACGCGCCCGUGAAGCUGCUGGACAAGAUGAUGCACGCCAUGGCCGACGCGCCCGGGCAGCAGAUCGUGGUGCUGGCCCAGGUGCUGGCGGCCGACGUGAAUGUGGGUUACGAAGACAUCGUCAACACCCAGGUGCACGCGGUGAACGGCCAGCGCGUCACCUGCCUGGCCGAGCUGGUGGCCGCCGCGGAGGGCGGCGCGGGCGAGUACAUCCGCCUGGACCUGGAGUACAACCAGGUUGUCAUUCUGGGGAAGGAGGAAGCCGCGGCCGCCAUGCCUGCCAUCCUGGAGCAGCACUGCAUCGCCGCCGACCGGUCCGAGGAUCUGCGCCCAGCGGCGCGGUGA